CGGCGCUGAGGAGACGCUGUGGUGCUGAGGCGGCGGCCGCGGGGCUCCCCGCGCGCCCUCCCAGGGGCGCUCCCGCCGCCCCCUCACAGCGCCCCUCAGAGCGCGGCGUCGCGGCCCUGUGCCCCCCCUCACCCCCGGGCUUUAUGUUUUAUCCCCCAUCGCGCUUUUUUAAUCACCUAUCGCCCCCUCCCCCCCCCAUCGCGCUUUUUCUACUGCCGAUCACCCCUCCCCGCGCCGCCUCGGGGCGGAUCGCGGCCUUUGGGUGCGGGGAUCCUCGCACAGAAAACACCAUUUUGGGGUCUUGUCUGUUUUUCCCAUUUUCUAUGCAUCCCGGCGAUCCGAGCGGGAUGAGAGCAGAUCUGAAGGUCAUGGUCACUCGGAGCAGUCUCAUUUGGGGCUGUGUUCCGCUUGCCUUCCCGCUCGCCUUGUAUUUUUACCCAGUUUUGUGCGUUUGGCAAUAAAAGAGUCCACGGCAGUCUCAUUGUUACACGACCCUGAAAACCCAGCAGUACAUCAUUACCCAUCUGUGGGACCAGAGCAGCGUUGGGAGGGUGGGAAACAGCAAAAAGAGCCCAAAUAACCCAAAGAAACCCCAAUACCAGUAGUGCCCAGCACCCGGUGCCAUGAUUUCAUGGCUCCCGCGCGUGGCAUUGCGUUGGCCAUGAUGUUGGCUGUGCCUCACUGACAGACAGCGGCACCGUGGAGGUUAACGUGAAGGACAACAAAACCUACAGCUUUUUGGAAGAUUUUUUUGUUGGAAGGUUCAGUGCUAUUGCAAGCGUUGGGCUCCUUAGGUGAAGAGCUGAGAGCUUUGAUUCCUUUGUCAAGCUCUAAAAUCACGACCGUUGGGUUUCUCCUAUCAGCUUCGUUGGAUGGAUUCCAUUUCAGAACUUGGGAAGUUGUAGCGGGGCUGCUGGACGACCAAUGUGUUCCCAAUCUCUCCUUUUUUAAAAAAAAUAAUUCUUCAAUGUAAUUCUGAGUGGUGUUUCAGUAAGAUCACAGCACUCGUUUUGAUGGGUCCCCAUAGGAUACCUUCAGAGAACUUUUCCCAAUGCUUUCAUAGGGAGAUACCAAGUCUUUUUUGGACAGCAAGUUUAAAGAUGAUUCACGUUGCAAAUUUUGUCCUGUAAAUUAAAAGCGAAGUAGCUUUUCUGUUUGAAAAAAAAAAAAACACAUUGAUUUUAGCUGGCCUGCAUCUUGGUUUCAAUUGGAAGUGUUGUGUUGAACAUCCCCCAUUUUUUGCAAAGCUUUCUUCAUAGUGUGUGCUUGCAACUUAUUUCUCUGCAGCACUAGCAUUCCUAGUUUUAUUUUUCUUGUGACAUGCAAGAAAAGGUUACAUUUCAUGGCUAAGUUUUUCAUAAAAUAUGAGUAGACUCAAAUCUACUCGAAUUUGAGUAGAAAGUUGUUUGAUAGUCAACAGUUGUGGGCUCAAUUUCUGUGUCCUUAUUACUGUAACACUUAAUGGAAUGAGUAGCUGGUCCUUCCUUAUCUGGUAGUGAGAGGAGGGGGUCAACUCUGUGCGUCUCCAUGGUCUUUAAAUGAAAUUUUAAUAAGAUAUCCAUCGUAAUAGUCUUGUAAAGUAUUUUGUAAUAGGAAAGGUAAGAUCUUGUGUGAAAGAUGAGGACAUCCCAGUGUUUGCUUUCCAUUGCUGUUCCUUCCCCUUUUACCCUGGGGAAGAAAAUCACAAAAGAAGUUUUCCUUAAAGGUGUCUAAAAAUUAGCAAGAAGGGUUAAUGAAUGUUUAUGAAAUGGGUGCUAAAUGAAAUUCUACGUUUAUUUGGUGGCGGCUGUUUGUAGUAUGGGACAGGUGGGAAGUAGGGUUGUGGAGGCAAGGGGAUGCCAAUAGCGUGUUAAGCUGUAACUGCAGAAAAUGUAGACCUUGUGUGAACCUGCUCUGCCAUGCUCCUCAAGAUCUUAACUAUUAUAAAUUGCUGGUUUGUUAGUUCAGUUUUUUCCCCAAUACAGCCCUAACAAGGUUAGCAAUUCUAUGAUUAGAAAAUGCAUCUGUAUCAGCUUUCCUUCAGACACUGCAACUAUUUUUAUCGUUUUCUUUUUCCCAUUGGGGUUUUGGCUGAAGGCAAACCACCUCAGACUCUGGUUUUGGAGGAUUACAUCUCUGGUUACAAUUGUGGCAAAAGAUCCUUUUUGUUUGGGAACUUUCUUGCCAAAAUGGACCUGCCCUAUAAGAAAUAGUCUGUUGCUGCUUUUAUAAAUUGCUUUAACCAUUAAGAAGUUUAAACUGAAAUUAUCCCAUGUUAUGUAGCUUGCUUUUGAGACUUAAUGCUUUUCGCCUUCUCUUAUUUUCCUUUUUCUUGACAGCCUUUGUUACUAACCUCAUGAAAGGGUGAAGGACGGGGUAGAAGGGAGGUGUCCAUUCUGUUCUGUAGAAGUAAUUGGGAAUAUUGAGCACCGAGGUGCUCUGAAAUAAUACAAGGGACUGUUCUGGAGGUUUGUUCAUACAUCAGUCAGAGGUUUUCUAGUUCAUUCUGAUGUCUUUGUGUUGGGUUUAGAGCAGCUGUGCUAAACUGCUGAGCAAAAUGAAUGGGUAACCUGCAGGUCUCUUUCCUUAGAGCAGUUAAUGUGUUUCAGAGUGAUCCCCCAUACCUGCUUUUGAGUAAGUUUUAAUGUGUUGGCUGAUUCAUGGCAACGUACGUGAAGGUUCCUCAGUGCCUACAUCCAUCAGUGGGCCGUGCCUGCAUGCUUGGCUCAGGUGUCCCUAUCUGAUGGGGUGCUGCAGAACUUGUCCUCUUGUAAGAAGGCAAGAGUUGAUGUGAUUAAUGUCAGCACUGGGAAAAACUACUGAAAGCAGCACUGCAGCACUAUUUGCAUGGUCUUAAUUUGACAGCUUUGGUCCAUUUGAUUCCUAUAUAACCAAUUGCUAUUCUUAAAUGAGGUCUGAACUUUGUACUUCUAAAUUCUUCCUUAGAAGAAAGCUUUAUCAGCUCUCUGUGCUUAUUAUGAAAGUUCUUCAGAGUAUCCUUGAAUUGUUUUCAAAGCUGUGGUGAUGCAGUCAGUGCUCCAGAAACAUCCAUUCGCUCUAUUAAGUCCAGCGAGCUUUGUAGUUGCAUUUCUGCAGCAGACAUUAAUUGCAGCGUGGCUGCAUCUGUUUCUUGUUUCUUGGUCUCAAAGUGAAGAUGCUCUUGGAAAGAACUUCACAUCCUGGAGUGACUUGCCUUCCUUGCAUUAGUUUUCACUUAACUGUAAAAACAUAAAUGCAUGACCUUGUUUUGCUUACACGAAUGCUCUACUUGGCGUGUAAACAUCAGGAGGGGAGGUGUGGGAUGUUGAGGAAUAGGAUAGCAAAUGUUCAGAAAAAUAGAAAAAAUUUGUAAAUUGCUUCUGGGUUAAGAUGUUUAUUGUGCAGCAUUUAGGUUGAAGCUCUCGUAUAGACUUUCACUCUUAAAGCACAAGCACUAACCUGCAGUGAGUUGGCUACUGAGAUUAAGUACUUGGUCGAGUUACUUCGUUUGGUGCAGCAGUUUCUGACUGUGUGACUUUCCUACCCUGCAGCACUGGAAUGGGGUUGCAAGUUUGAUUUGCUGAGUUGCUGUGCCUUCUCCAAGGCCGACAUUCAACCACAUCUCUGCAAUACAAAAUGUAUCUUUAAUUCACCAUGUGGAUGUAGGUAGCACUGCAGGAUUGCUGGUCACCCUUCUCAUUUCUCCCGCUCCUGUUUUGCAUUGUGAUGAACUGCUUCUGGCAAAGACCAUCUGCCUUCUGCUUUUGUAAAGGUCCUAGCUUAUUUUUCAUAUAGUUCAUUAAAGAUGUGUCAAAGGGUGGUCUGAGCUUGAGUCUUCACCUGUUGGGAUACGGACCUCAAAUCAAUGAUCUUGGUUUUAGCAGAAUUUGCAUAUGGUUUUGAGUGAACAUUGGCUGAUUUGUUUAAAAUGGUGAUGAAUGUCUUGCUUGAGGAGACUGUUGAACAGUUGUAGCUAGAAGAAGAGGUUAGGCCUGUAAAGAGGUAUGCCUGGUUGGAGCAGGGCUAGAAGCUCCACAUUUGUCCUUUCUCUUGCUCUGAUGCAGAAGCUGCAGCCUUUUGCUGGUGUGGAUGCGCACGGUCAGAUGGCUUCUCGGAGGUGUGUGAUGGGAAUGGUAAUUGGGGAAGUGUAGGAGUUGGAAAAUCCAGGAUGCUUCAGGUUGAAUGCUUAAACAGAAUGCUCUGAACUUGCUGACCGGUCCAGGAACCCAGUUAGUUAAAUUGUAAGGAUGCGUGUCGCUAGCAGUGGGAGUGCAGCAAAGGCACCACAGUCUCGCUUCUGGCCCUUUCUGUAACCAAUGCAGAAAGGGAUGUCUUCUGAAUUCUUGAGACCAACAGAGGGAACUGAUGGAAUUGUUCGGACUUCCUCCAUCUUCUCUGCAAGGCAGUUUUGUUGUGACAUUGGAUUGUGAUAAGAGGAGGAAUCAGAGCUGAAUCUGACCCUUUUAUUGGGGCAUUUUGCAUCUGGUGGAAUGGCAUCCUGAAAGAAGAGAGUUGUUCAUCUGAAAAUGUUGCUAAAACUCUGUUGCAGGCUCCAGCACUGCGUUGCAGGCAGCCAUUUGACAAAUGGCAGCCUUACUCAAUGGUAAGACUUGCUAGUCGCCAGGGCGAGCCAAAAAUUGUGACUCUUGUCUUCUGGAAAACCAAGGCUUAUAGGUAAUUAAAUAAGGGCUAUUUGCUUUAGAAAUUUUUUUGUGUGUAUGAGAUUAGAACUCUGCAAAUAUCUUGAAAAUGCCAGCCUGGCAUCUGAAGUUUCCAUUUAUUACCAAUCAGCAAAUGUCAUCGGUGAGAGCAGUGCUGUACAGGACAGCACAUCGGGCUCAGAAACUCAGGUGAAAGGUCAGUGGAUCUUCAUUUUUUCCUUGCUAAGGACUUUCCUGCUCCUCUGAUGGACUUGCUGAUUUCUGCAGAAUUUGUGCUCGUGAGAAGACCCUUUAAUUCCUUGACCAGCUCAAUGAGUCCUGCUCACAAGGGCAUGGUUUGGAGCACAGCUGCCUUCAACCGCAGCACAGUGUUUUCAGAAGCAAUUGAACACAUUUGAUGUUUAGGGUUCAGGAUUGUUUUGUCUGUUUUGAAACAUGAACGUGGUUCUUUGGGUCUCUAAUCAAAUGGAUGUGCAUCUGUAAGAUGAGUCAGUUUCAAAAGUUGAUUUUUUCUUAAAUAAAAUUGAAGACUUCAUUUUGCCUUACUCUCAUUGGGUGCACUCUUUAAGUCAUCAUAGUGAUACAAAUCUCACUCAUCACGAGAAGGAUUUGAAAGUGGGGAUUCCUAUUGUGAUGCAAACCUCAGUCACUACGAAGAAGUAGUUGGAACUAGAGCUGCUGCUUAUACAGAGGGAGCUUGGACAUGAGGACACGAAGCACACCAGCCAGGCUGAGAGGUCGCAGCAGUGGCAAAGGACCGCCUCAGCCCACAAUUUCUUUUGAUGGCAUCUAUGCAAACAUGAGAAUGGUUCACAUACUUACAUCAGUUGUUGGAUCCAAAUGUGAAGUACAGGUGAAAAAUGGUGGUAUAUAUGAAGGAGUUUUUAAAACCUACAGUCCUAAGUGUGAUUUAGUGCUUGAUGCUGCUCAUCGGAAAACUGCAGAAUCCAGUUUGGGGCCAAAACGCGAAGACAUACUAGAAAGUAUUUUAUUCAAGUCUUCAGAUUUUGUUAUGGUGCAUUUUAAGGAUAUGGAUACCAAUUACGCAAGAAGAGAUGCUUUUACUGAUUCAGCCAUCAGUGCUAAAGUAAAUGGUGAGCACAAAGAAAAGGAUCUUGAGCCGUGGGAUGGAGGAGAGACCAGCGCUACUGAGGAGCUUGAGGCACUGGAGACAGAUGUUUCUAAUGGAUGGGAUCCCAAUGACAUGUUUCGUUACAAUGAAGAAAAUUAUGGUGUAAUAUCAACAUAUGACAGCAGUUUAUCUUCUUAUACGGUGCCAUUAGAAAGAGAUAAUUCAGAAGAGUUUUUGAAACGGGAAGCCAGAGCAACUCAAUUAGCAGAGGAAAUUGAAUCAAGUGCCCAAUACAAAGCUCGGGUUGCCUUGGAAAAUGAUGAAAGAACAGAAGAAGAAAAAUACACUGCUGUUCAGAGAAAUGCUAACGAGCGAGAAGGUCAUGGUGUGAACACUAGGGAAAGUAAAUACGUUCCACCUGGCGGGAGAAACAGGGAUGUCCUGUCCUGGGGAAGUGGAAGACAAAAUUCACCAAGGAUGGGCCAGUCUGGAUCAGGCCCACCAAUUUCAAGGUCUGGAUCCCACACUUCAGAUUUCAGUCCUAACUCUGGAGCAGAUCAAAGAGUAGUUAACGGAGGUGUUCCCUGGCCAUCGCCUUGCCCAUCUCCUUCCUCUCGCCCACCUUCUCGCUACCAGUCAGGUCCCAACUCUCUUCCACCUCGGGCAGCCACCCCUACACGGCCGCCCUCCAGGCCCCCCUCGCGGCCCUCCAGGCCCCCGUCUCACCCCUCUGCUCAUGGUUCUCCAGCUCCUGUCUCUACUAUGCCUAAACGCAUGUCUUCAGAAGGGCCUCCACGGAUGUCUCCUAAGGCACAACGGCACCCUCGAGGUCACAGAGUCUCUACUGGUAGGGGUACAAUUUCAAGUGGCUUAGAAUUUGUAUCUCAUAAUGCACCAGGGGAAGCAUCUACUACUGCAGUGGCACGAGGCAGCCCUUCAGGUGGGACGUGGUCAUCAGUUGUCAGUGGGGUUCCAAGAUUAUCCCCUAAAACACACAGGCCUAGGUCUCCAAGGCAGAGCAGCACUCCUGCAGGACCAGCUCUGCCUUCUCCUCAGCCUGGUACUAUUCCCACUGAAUCUGUUGCCAUGCCUGUUCCAGCUGCCUCUCCGACACCUGCCAGCCCUGCAUCCAACAGAGCAGUUACCCCUUCCAAUGAAGCUAAAGAUACCAGGCUUCAGGACCAGAGGCAAAAUUCUGCAGCUGGAAACAAGGAGAAUAUAAAGCCAAGUGAGACUUCUCCUAGUUUUCCUAAACCUGAAAGCAAAGGUGUAUCUCCAAUUGUUUCAGAACAUAGAAAACAGAUUGAUGAUUUAAAGAAAUUUAAGAAUGACUUUAGGUUACAGUCAAGUUCCUCUUCAGAUGCAGUGGAUCAGCUGCUAAACAAAACCCGAGAAGGUGAAAAAUCGAGAGAUGUAGUUAAAGAAAAGACAGAACCAGCCCCUAAAGAACCUAUCAUAGAAACUGGCAGUAAUACUAACUCUAACGGUGGCAGUAGCAAACCCAAUAGUCCAAGUAUUUCUCCAUCAAUAAGUAAUAGCUCUGAGCAAAAGCGAGGGCCUGAGGUAACUUCACAAGGUGUACAGACAUCUGGGCCUGGAAGCAAACAAGAUAAAGAGGAUAAAGAGGAGAAGAAGGAUACUUCUGAGCAAGUUAGAAAAUCAACACUUAAUCCUAAUGCAAAAGAAUUCAACCCUCGAUCUUUUGCUCAGCCGAAGCCUUCUACUACACCAACCUCCCCUCGCCCACAAGCUCAACCAAGCCCUUCCAUGGUGGGCCAUCAGCAGCCAACUCCAGUGUACACUCAGCCUGUUUGUUUUGCACCAAAUAUGAUGUACCCAGUUCCAGUGAGUCCUGGCGUGCAGCCUUUGUAUCCUAUACCCAUGACGCCCAUGCCAGUGAACCAAGCCAAGACAUAUAGAGCAGGUAAAGUACCAAAUAUGCCCCAGCAGCGGCAAGACCAACAUCAUCAGAGCACCAUGAUGCACCCUGCCUCAGCAGCAGGCCCUCCAAUUGUAGCUACACCACCUGCUUAUUCAACACAGUAUGUUGCAUAUAGUCCCCAGCAGUUUCCUAAUCAGCCUCUUGUGCAGCAUGUGCCACACUACCAGUCUCAGCAUCCUCAUGUUUAUAGCCCUGUAAUACAGGGCAACGCUAGAAUGAUGGCACCACCAACUCAUGCACAGCCUGGUUUAGUAUCUUCUUCUGCAACACAGUAUGGUGCGCAUGAACAGACGCAUGCUAUGUAUGCAUGUCCCAAAAUACCAUACAGCAAGGAGACAGGCCCUUCUUUCUACUUUGCCAUUUCCACUGGCUCACUUGCUCAGCAGUAUGCCCACCCUAAUGCUACCCUGCAUCCGCACCCUCCGCAUCCUCAGCCUUCGGCUACGCCAACUGGCCAGCAGCAAAGCCAACAUGCUGGAAGCCACCCUGCUCCUAGCCCCGUGCAGCAUCAUCAGCACCAGGCUGCUCAGGCACUCCACCUGGCAAACCCACAACAGCAGUCGGCAAUUUACCACGCAGGUCUAGCUCCAACCCCACCUUCCAUGACGCCAGGCUCCAAUACGCAGUCUCCACAAAAUAGUUUUCCUACAGCACAACAAACAGUCUUCACCAUUCAUCCCUCCCAUGUUCAACCUGCAUAUACCAAUCCGCCACACAUGGCCCAUGUCCCCCAGGCUCAUGUACAGUCAGGAAUGGUUCCUUCUCACCCAACUGCCCAUGCUCCAAUGAUGCUAAUGACGACACAGCCACCUGGUGGUCCCCAAGCCGCCAUCGCUCAAAGUGCACUACAGCCCAUUCCAGUCUCGACAACAACACAUUUCCCCUAUAUGACGCACCCUUCAGGUGAGGAGUGUGUGCCCGGGAGACCUGCACCGUAACUGAGCCAGGUCACAGUAGCGAGGAGAACUGUUACGAACCAGAUUUGGGGAAAAGAAUAACAAAAAAAAAGAAAAAAGAAAAGAAAAAGAAAAAAAAACAACAAAAAAAAACAAAUGGAAGAUGUCCUUUUAGAUGGCAGGCUGCUGAUGGCAAACUAUUUGUGCAUUUAGUGUUUGUACUUUGCCAGCCCAAAUGCAAGCCUAGCUAAGCAUGCCGGAUUUAGCUAAUGUAGCAAAGACCUUGUUUCUGUGUAGCUGAAGUACAGAACUGGAUAACUGUGCAGACACUGACACGGUGGGGCUGUGUUCUUCCAGGUAUUGCCAUGGUUUUGCUGUGGGGAAUGGACUGUCUGCGUAGCCUGCUCAUAAUGAUCCGGGGGGUUGUUAAAUUUAAAGCGAUCGGUGCCAAGGACAGGAGUGACAAUGUUGCUUGGGGGUAGUGCUGUUAGACUUCUACUGACCGAAGUAAAGUGACAAUUGAAGUCUAUUCUUUAAUUCAGAGUAAUAUUCUGCAGCUUUACUUUUGGGGAAAAGUAGGUGCUAUGUGACUUCUUUCCGCUUUAAAGUUACUUAGGUGUCUUUAUCAUUAUUUGUUUCCAAACAGCCUCUGAUGUUAUGUCUUGGGGAAUGUAUGAGCAGAACAAGCUGCUUUGUGAGGGUUUAGGGAGGAGAGAAACAUCCAAAGGACAUCUUGAUAUGCAGGGUAUUGUUUUGUUCUUUAAAAAGAAAAGAAAAGAAAAAAAAAAAAAAGAAAAAAAAAAGUUGAGCUCAGUAGUUGUCCUGUGACCACUUUACUAGCAAACUGUUGUGUGGCUUGCCAAUCUAUUAUUUACAUUUGAACUUUUUUUUUACAGUACAAGCCCACCACCAACAGCAGUUGUAAGGCUCAUCUGGAAUAACUGAAAGGCUGGAUACCUUUUGUAGGCCAAAUACCCUCCUUCUACUGCUUCUGCCAACUGGAAGCACAGAAAACUAGAAUUUCAUUUUAUUUUGUUUAAAAAAAAAAAUUGAUUUCUUGUAACAUCCACUAGGAAUGCUAACAGUUCAUCUUGCAGUGGGAGAGAUUCGGACUGAGUAGAGGCAUUUAGGAACUUGUGGGCUAUUCCAUAAUUCCAUGCACUGUAUCUGAGUCCUGCAAGUGCCCCAACUCUGCUUGCUGAAAACUGGAAGUUAUUUAUUUUUUAAUGACCCUUCAAAGUUAUGAACUCAUCAGCUAGCAAAAGAAGUAACAAGAGUGAUUCUUGCUGCUAUUAUCACUAAAAAUCAAGACUUGGAGAUCCCUUUUACUUCUAACUAAACUUGAAACAGGUUCAGUAAAAAAAAAAAAUUCUAAUCGUCAAACUGAUGAAUUAUUAUUUAUAAAUCACGUUUGAUGAGAUGAUCACUAUCGUGAGACAGUGAUGUAACUUUUAAGUUAAGAAAACUUUUACUUUGUAGAUAAUAUAAAAUAAAAACUAAAAAAAAAAUUAAAAAAUAAAAAAAGUUUUAAAAACUGA